AUGUCUCAACGCAACCGUAGCGGUCGCGGCUCGAAUCGCAACAACGGCAGCGGCCACGGCGAGGAGGUACAACUAUGGGAGUCGGCAAAGGAAAAGUUUCACGAGAUAGUCAGCGGCGUUAACCAGGAGAACGACAACUUGACGGAGCUGUUGAAACUAGACAAAAAGGCCGCCAUCGCGAGCAUGGACGGCGGCAAGCCCACCGGCUCCGAUCUUAACAAGAUGGAGCAGAACUGUCGCUCGGGAGUCAAGCUGUCCGAGAACAACUCGAACAACAUUAAAAACCUUAUCGAGCAGCUCAAGAUCCUCAAAGCCGUACAACAAGCCAAGGAAGCCACCGAGGCUCCCGCAACGACCAGCACAUCAUCACGGACCGGCAGCUCGACGCGCAACCGAGAUGCUGCGGCGGCGGCAUUGUACGAUUUUGACGGGGCCGGCGACUCUCCCGUACCCAGCCCAAUCGGCGGCAACUCGCGCAAGUUUGGUGAUCGAGGCAGCAACCGAGACAGCAUGCCGCCCAAGGCCGAUAGCGUCGAGCCGCAGGGGUCGACGGGCUCCAACACGGCGGGGUCGUCCUCGGGCGCUCUGGGGUCGAGCGCUGCGUCGGCAGCCCGCAGCAAGGUGUCGUUCUCAAAGGGCGACAAGGUUGCAUUCAAGCGGAAGAAGGACGAGCCGCAGCAGGGCGAGGCGCCCUACGACUGGAUACUAGGUGAAGUCGUCGGCGUGAUCGGCGAAGGCAAGAGCCGACGGUACAAGUGCCUGGACGUGGAGCCGGAAGACAACGUCAAGCCGAAGGAGUACAAGACGUUCGCAUCGGGCAUGAUACCAAUCCCCCCCGAGAACCAGACGCACAACCUCGCCAAGCUGGAGGCCGGCAAGAUGGUACUCGGUCUGUACCCACAGACGACGGCGUUUUACGCGGCUGACGUUGUCGGCACGGAGGCGGACGGCAAGACGGUCAAUCUCAAGUUCCACGGCGAGAACGACUCCUCGACCACGCAUCAGGUGGAACGUCGCUACGUGCUGGAAUUUCGGCCUUAG